UUCUCGAAUUCCCAAUUUGUCUUUUUUUUAGGGUAAUCAUUCAUUCAAUUCUCUGUACAACAAUUGAGGAGUCAAAAUCGAUUUUGACCGUCAAAGAGAGAGCGAGAGAGAGACUGAUCUUUUGGUUCAAUAGAUCUCUGUCUCUUCUGGUCUCUCAAUCGCCAUGGGUUUAUGGGAAGCUUUUCUCAAUUGGCUUCGAAGCCUCUUUUUCAAGCAGGAAAUGGAGCUUUCUUUGAUUGGGCUCCAGAAUGCUGGGAAAACCUCACUUGUUAAUGUUGUUGCUACUGGUGGAUAUAGUGAAGAUAUGAUCCCUACAGUGGGAUUUAAUAUGCGCAAAGUAACGAAAGGAAACGUAACAAUAAAACUAUGGGAUCUUGGAGGUCAACCCCGAUUUCGCAGUAUGUGGGAGAGAUAUUGUCGUGCAGUUUCUGCCAUCGUAUAUGUUGUCGAUGCAGCGGAUCAGGAUAAUCUGAGCAUAUCAAAGAGCGAACUUCAUGAUCUUCUAAGCAAGCCAGCACUGAGCGGAAUACCGUUGCUUGUUUUGGGCAACAAAAUCGACAAAGAUGGUGCCCUUUCUAAGCCAGCAUUAACCGAUCAAAUGGAUCUGAAAUCGAUCACGGAUAGAGAAGUUUGCUGCUUUAUGAUCUCGUGCAAGAACUCAACAAACAUUGAUUCAGUCAUUGAUUGGCUCAUCAAGCAUUCGAAAUCCAAAAGUUAAAGAAACCGAGUUUGAAAAGUAUUUAAACUUUGUUUAUCGUACUUGAUGUUGAGUUGGAGUUUGCUAAUCUUGAUCUGAACAAAUGAAAUUUUCGAGUAUUCGGCUCAUCGGCUACUGCUGCCAUUUACAUGUCUUACUUGAGUGUGAUCCAACCUCUGGAUGGGAUAUAUUGAGCUCAUUUGGUUUACUUGUUGCAGAUACUGUAUUAAUCAUUUUGGUUGCAUUUUAUGUGUUUUGUGCAAAAUUUUCAUCGGUGAAUGUAUAGACGUUAGGAGCUUGUGGCAUUUAUGGGAUAUGUUUCGUGAAUCACUAAACUUUAUCAUUUGUUAACUGAAUUAUCAAGCAUGUAUCGAUCAGUAUACGAUGAAAAUUUAAUCUUUUGGUCA